AAAUGUAAAAAUUCGAAUGAAAUCUUGCAUUUGAACUUCCUUAAUGUCAAGGUCGUCACCCUUAACCUUUUUGAAUAAGUAAAGGCGAAUUUGUUUAGGCUUCUCCUUGAAAAACUACGCCCUCUCAGAGGCGCCGCAGUGCACCACGGCCCAAUAUGGCUGCUGCAUCCACUCACACUGACCUGCCUUCAGAGGCCUCCAUACAGUUACCUUUGGGCUAGGUUAAAUUGCUUGGUGAUAUGCUUUAAAAUAAAACCAUUAAUAUCACUUCCUCCCUAAGGUUUUAUGCAAGGGCAACAAUGCAGUAAUAUACGGCUAUGCUUAAAGUACCAAAAAAAGAUUACAAAAGACUCUUUGUGCAGAUAUUAUUUGUUGAUUUUUUUAUCUCAUCAGUAGACAUUAUUUACUCUGUGCACAUGGAUGCACAAUAUAGGCCCCCUGGAAAGACAAAACUGACUUCUGUAGUGCUAGGCAAAUGCAGAACAAGCUCCUUUUAUUUCCUAGAUGUGAGUUUCCUAAAAGUUUUAGCCGUGUGUAAGUAUAUCCAAUAUUUUUGUGUGUUUUGAAAUAUAUUGACUGUCCUAAUAAAGAAUCUUAACAUAGACAUCCCUUUGAUUCUUUACAUUUAGUGGAUACUGCUUGAAGCCACGAGAGGGCGAACGUACAGCAAUGAUCUGACCUGGUGCUGUGUGUUAGCUGUUCUUCAACACAAUAAUGACGCCUGAGCCGAGUUUUGUGAUCUAAUAUAAUGUUUUUAUGUCCGUGUGCUGUUGAUUCACUUUUAUCCUUAAUUAGAUUUAUGCUCUUGCACAGGCUAUAUUGAAAAAAAAAAUAAUAAUAAUACAGUUAAACCCGGGAUAUAUAUUUUAGUCGCGUACAAGGAUAUCUUUCUCUGCAUAGUUGGGGAGACAAUUUCAGUGAACAUCUGCCAUAUAUAUUGUGAACAUCUAUAUAUAUAUUUAACAGUUUCCCGGUAGACGGCAGACUUGCAUGCAAUGAUAAAACUAACUAAAUAAUAAUAAUAAUGAUAAUAAUAAUAAUAAUAAUGAAAUACUCCUAUGGAUUCUAGCAUAACGUAGCUGCAGUCCACUACUUAUUUAGCAAAUGAUUAAACUGUACGCAUCUCUACAGCAUCUUCUUAUUAAUCGUAGGUCUUUUUAAAUAAUUAUUAUAAUCUAUUUAAGGGUGAUUCUACAAAUUAAAUGAACGAAACCGUUCUCGAAGAAUUGUAGUGUAAUUGUAUUUACCUUUAAAUACAUAGCAGAGAUAAAUCAUGCAUUUCGUAUAGUAUUAUAAUAGUUUGACGUGUAAUUGUGAAAGGUGUUUACUUACAAAUAUGAAAAUUGUGUACGUGCUUGUUGAUUAUGUCUGUUUUCAGAUGUCAAUCUGAUUCUGUAUUUUUCUUUAGUGAUUCAGAAAUUAUCUAGAAAAACUGACUGUGUGUACUAUUUUUGUACUAAUUUACGUAAGUGUAUCCAGGAAUCCGUGUGUGCUUGCAUUUUCUGCUUUGUUUAAAUUAUAUGAAGAAAUUGUACGUGAUUGUUUCUUAACAUGAAAUGAUUGUAUGUUAAGAUUUCUAUAUAAACAAGUUCAUAACUCCGUAUAGAUAUUUUUUUCUAUUUGAUUAUUUUGUGUAUAUAAAUACAAUAUUAUUCCUUGUGACAAUGGAUCAUACACCUGUACCAAAAAAACACACUGCCGAUGAUUUAUUCAACGGCAAAGACAGCAUUUUAUUCUGCGUGCGCAUUUGCAUUGUAUCAAGUUCUAAAGCAGCAAAGCACAGAUACUUUGUUAACAUUUGUAAAUGCUGUUUAAUUCUGCACACGUAUUUGCAUAUUUAGUUACAUUUUGAUAAUGUUGCAUAUAAGAUGUUAGUGCUGCAUAAAGAUGUAUUUUAAAAGCAAAGUGUAAAUGCGUUUAAGAUACACGAUCAUAUAAAUGUAUUUAUUCAAAUAAAAACUCUUCACUCUGUACAUUUAAAAGAACUGCAUAAAUUACGAACAAUUCAUAAAAUGUCAUUUAAACCUGUGAUUUGCGCUAUGUAUUUUAAACAUAUAGCCUACCUCACAUCUUUAUAAUGAUAAGGUGAAUAAUAAUGUAAUGGAAAAUAUGUAUGGAUAACAUAUAAUAAAUAUAUGUCUGGCUAAAAUGAUUUAACAAGUGCAAAAUUUAUUUCAUUUAGUUUAGAAAAUAACAAACAUGGUAUUACAUGAAUUAGCAAAUAGUAUUCACACUGACAUUUUCUUUGCGUCCGAUGAAAAGUUCUAACUGCAGACAGGCCACAUCAGUUGUGUAGAUUAAAAUAUAGAUGAUAAAAAUCCCAAUUAGAAAAGUUGAAUCACAAUUUUGCCUUUCACCAUUAAUCCAGUAAUGCAGUCUGCGGUGUUUAGGCCCACGUCCGCCGCCUCAUUUUCUUCUGCAUUGUCCUCUGCUUUUUGCAAAGGGAAACUGUAAACUACCAGAAAUUCCUUCUGUUGUGUCUGCCGACAUUUCUUGUCUUGACCUUGAAUUGGAGUUAAAAAGAGUACAAAAUAGAUGACAAUAGUCAUUUAAUUUCCCUGUUCUCGCUCUUUGUUUCACAGUUUAGUCUGUAUUAGUCCAAUUUCGUCCCAUUUUGUCUUAAUUGUAUAUGUUAUUCUGAAAAUGCAUUUAACAAUGUUAUUUUGCCCGUCUUGGAACCAAUUUCAAGUCCUCGUUCUAGGUGUCGCUGUUGACCACGUCUAAAGCUCCAGAUCGCGUGUCAGCGCGUCCACGUGACGGGGAAGAGCCUGCGUCUCAAGGCCAUUUUCAAAUUUCAUUGGUGAGAGCGUCAUGUGCUUGCAGAGAGACUCUCUGGGUUAUACAGGGAUUGUUUUGCUAGAUAUGUCAACUUACAGAGGACACUUCUCAGCUUCUUAAAAAAAAAAAAAAAUCCAAAAUGUCCUUUCCCAACAGCUCUCCUGCUGCAAGCACGUUUUUGGUAGAUUCCUUGAUUGGGGCGUGCAGAACAGAUUUUUAUUCCAGCAGUAACAUGUACAUGCCAGCCACUGCAGAAAUGGGAACCUAUGGAAUGCAAACCUGUGGACUCCUUCCGUCUCUUGGCAAACGGGGGGAAAUAAACCACCAAAACAUGGGCAUGAACGUCCACUCGUAUAUACCUCAAACUGAUAACUGGGCAGAUCCAAGCAGGUCCUGUCGAUUAGAUCAACCGCUCAACCAGAUGUCCACCUGCACAUUUUCACAAAGCAUAAAAGAAGAAACGAACUGUUGUAUGUACUCCGACAAGAGAGCAAAGGUCAGUUCGUCCGAGAUACCCGCGUACUCCAACCUGAUUCCCGAAACGUGUUCCGUUGAUAGUCCCGAGAUUCCUGUGCCUGGAUAUUUUAGACUAAGUCAGACUUAUGCGACGGCGAAAAUCCUGGACUAUGACAGCGAGACGAUGAGCCCGAGCACUACGUUAAUGCAGCUGAACAGGGUGACUCCAAAGGCGCAGUCAGCGCCCUUUGUCGAGGUGGAAAAGAAGCUUCCGCACGAUCGGGACACAAGGAGCUCUUCCCCUGCGCAGACUCCGGAGCCCAAAGUCAGCACGCUGGAGGAGAAGAACUGCUCAACUGAGGCGUCUGUCUCCAGCCCUGAAAUGCCACACAGAGAUGGCAAAGAGUCUAAAAACGACACACCGACGAGCAACUGGUUAACCGCGAAGAGUGGACGGAAAAAAAGAUGUCCGUACACAAAGCACCAGACCUUGGAAUUAGAAAAAGAGUUUUUAUUCAACAUGUACCUGACUCGGGAGCGCCGUCUAGAGAUAAGCAAAAGCGUCAACCUCACUGACAGACAAGUGAAAAUCUGGUUCCAAAACCGCAGGAUGAAACUCAAGAAAAUGAGCAGAGAAAACCGUAUUCGUGAACUCACAUCCACUCUCACUUUUUCGUGAACGUGAACGUGCAAACAGGAGCAUUUCAAAAACUUACCUCCCGUUUCGGUCCAUCUGUGUUCUCUUGUAAAAUAUUGACAUGAGGGCAGUGUGCAUUGUUUUGGCUACUUUCACGUUCCAGUGUUGUGAUCGUUGCUAAAUCUUUACCAUUUGUUGCUACAUUUUUUAUUGCAUUUGAAAUGUGAAGCCUUGUGUAUUUCAAUAUGUUUCACAGGGUAUAAUAGUGGUGUUAGGUCUUAACUUAUAAUAAAAUAGAUUAUUAUCAUCAUCAUCAUCAUCAUCAUUAUUAUUAUUAUUAUUAUUAUUAUUAUUAUUAUUAUUAUUAUUAUUAUUAAGAUAGAAACAGGCUGUUCCGAGAUGUUUAAUUUCAGCGGGGACAGAGCAAAAAUGUCGCUGAAACCUUUGCGGCAAAAAAUUUAAAAUAAAUAAAAGUUAAAAAAAGGACAUUGAAAGCAAAUUUGAAAAUAAAGGUCACCCAUUUAUCUGAAAUGAUUAAAUAUAAAGGUUUCUGUAUAAUAGAUGUUUAAAUAUGUCUGUUUCAGUGCAUGUUUGUGGCAUGUGGUCAGUUGACAAUAAAUUCAUAAUAUGUCAUAA